CGAACUAUGCGUUCGUGACUGGGAGUUGUGUUCGUAACUUAGUGUCGUUCAACGACUGAAGCAGCUUUGCCAUCGCCAGCCAAUUCCCUUCCUCGUCUUUCGAGCUUUCUCUCUUUCGCUCGUCCGCUCGCUCGCUCUGUCUCUCUCUCGAGCAUUCAUCUGGUGUCUGUUGGCGGCGACUGGAUUGAGAGACAACGUCGUCGCGGCUGGUGUUCUGCGGUUUUCUUGUCUCAUCAUCUCCGCGCGCUUGUUCACUCUCUGUAGACUUUCUUCAUUCACGCCCUCCUGCGAAGUCGACGACGAGUUGUUCCUCUUGAUCUAUGUGCUCAUUCCCUUCUUUACUCGGAUGCUGACAGUCGUAGAUUCGGGGACUGGUUGUUGCAAGGUACCUGGCUAUGUUGCUCGGUCGGUGUAUGGUCGGUGUCGGGUUAGUGAUGCUCUGAGGAUGGCGUAGUUAAACUACAGAGUUAGAGAAACCCUAAUACUUGUACUUGCGUUAAAUUGUAACACUGAAGAUUACGAAACAUCCAGAUUUAAAUGACGACGAGAUAUCGAGGUCCACUGGCUACACAAGAAGGUUGAACAUAGUUCUGGAGAGCGAAUGGAAUUCAGCAUCUCACUACAUAAGACGGAGGGAUUGCAGAAAAUAGGUUCGACGCACGUUUUCCUGACAGCAGUUGACGCAGGGAAGCCCGUCGGAACGACUGCUUAACGGAGAGUGAUCGCCUUGCUGGGGUAGUAGCACUUAGUCGUGUGCGAUGGAGACAUAUGAUGAUACGGAGCAGUUUCAGUGUAUUAUCUGUCUAGAGCUUGUUUACAAGCCUAUAGUGCACGCAUGUGGGCACUUGUUUUGUUUUUGGUGUGUGCACAGAGCCAUGGGCGGCACUCACAAAAAUCUCUGUCCUCUUUGCCGCCGGCCUUACAUGCACUUCCCUCGGAUUUGUGAACAGCUUCAUUUUGUCCUCCUGAAGGUUGUGCAUGACAAGUACCUUUGUCGAGCCAAAGAAGUUCAAAAAGAAGAAAUCGAGGCAGGUAUUUUCUCUCCUCAACUCGAUCUACCACCCCGCUCCAGAAGUAUGCCUCUUGAUAUCAGCAGGCAAGCAACUACUUCAGUGAAGAUCUCUGAAGAAGCAUCUUCUGGUGAUAUUGAAACCGUUUCUUUUUUGAAUCGAAGUUCUGAAUGCGGAAAUGGUUGUGCUUCAAAUUCCUCCAGCAGCGUUGGUGACGACCCUAGUCCUUCCAAGGAGACCUAUUUGUCACGACCUGUAUUGAUUAGUGAACCUGGUCCAUGUUCUAAAGGGAAGGCUCCUGUGGCUGAUGAAGGAGAAACAGAUUUUGAAGGUCAACAAUUGCGCACGAAGGACGAGGAUCCGGACACCUCGCUCUCAUAUCUUAUCGUUACAACCUCGGACUUGACCUGCUUGCAUUGCUGCAACCUUCUUUAUCGGCCGGUGGUCUUAAAUUGUGGACAUAUGUUUUGCGAGCACUGUGUGGAAAUUGAUGAUGACAAUGCAGUGAGUUGUCCUUCAUGUAAAGCAGAGCACCCUGGGAUGUUUCCGCAAGUAUGUUUAGAGCUACAUCACUACAUAGAUAGGGUUUUCCCCCUUGAGUAUGCUCAGCGCUCUCUUCAAGUUGCCGCAGAGGAACGGGAACGACCGAGUAAUAGGCCGCAGGUGCCGAUGUUAGCAGAGCCAGAAGUUUCAACGAAAGGUAGUGUUAGGAGAAUAUUACCUGGUCCUAUACAUCGCGAUGUUGGUUGUGAUGGCUGCGGAAUGAUGCCGAUCGUUGGGAAACGAUUUAAGUGUCAAGAAUGCCCAGAGACUAUUGGUUUUGAUUUGUGUGGAAAAUGUCAUGGAUCCGGUUGCGUCGUUGGAAGAUUCAACCAGCGGCAUACGCCAGAUCAUUGUAUGAAAGAGGUGCGGCUUCGUGCAAGCAUUGAAAGGGAGUUUUGGGACGCUAUGGUGAGCAGAAGGCUCAAUGUUGCGGACCGCAGAAUUAUACCAAACGAAUGCAAUGAACCGGAAGAUAUACAGGUCUUAUUGGGACAACCAAUUGGUGGCAGUAGAGGGAGUACGGGAGGUAAUGGUGCUGAUGUUUUCGAAGGUCCGGGUCCUGAGCAGAGUGCCAAUGCUGAUGGAAAUGGUUCCAUAGAGGUCGCGGAAGAUGGUGUUCAUCAGGUAGACUAUAUCCAAGAAGCUGACGGUGAUGAUAGCCAUAUUUUUAUGCACGACGGUGGAGACGAGGAAUUCGCUGGCCAGGACGAUGAAGAAUUUGAGACAUUUAGUCGUGAUGACGAAGAUAUUGAGUUUUACCGGGUUGUGUUUCACGCGUGACAUUUCUCAUCUUGUUUAGAAUGCACAUAAAAUUCAGGAAUUAAAGGGUCUGUGCUUCGGCACUUCCUCACUCUAGGGUAUUCUCCCCUGGAGUGUAACAAUCUUAAUUCUGCCUUCUCUAGAAUUGGUCUGACCUGAAGUGUAUGGAAUCUUUCAUAAAUUUGUUUGCAGUUUACGUUUCCGACUAUCGUCAUCUUCAUAACCGCCGUGCCACUGUCCAAAGUCCUUCGAACCUGAUUCUUAAGUUACUGAAGUGAACUGUCUCAAGUACUGUACUGCAGUGAUAUGAUUUCCAAUAAUGUAGAUACUAUUAAGUACUA